GCCACUUACGAAGGGCUAUCAAUUUAUGCUCUCCAAACUCAACCUAAGCUCAUCGAAUCUCGAUCGCGGCCGGUGAAAGGAUUUCCUCCACCGAAACUCAACCUAAGCUUCUCGAUCGUGGCCGGUAAAAGGAUUAAGGUUGAUGGCUCUCUCGGGGCGCCUAAGAUCUGUCCUCUGUGCUCGAUCGGCCGGCGCGUGGUCCCUGGGGAAACUCAGCACGGGGUUAAGGACCUUUGCGAUCCAGACACAACCAACUGAAGCAAAGGUCAAGGUGCCCUUGAAACUAUUUGGAGGUUCUGGAAAUUAUGCAACUGCUCUUUUCAUUGCUUCAACUAAAGCAAAUGCAUUGGACAAGGUCGAAGCUGAGAUUCUUGAUGUGGUAGAGGCUUCCAAGAGGAGUCCUCGGUUUUCAAAGUUCAUCAAAGACAUGUCAAUUCCUAAAAAGACCCGUGUCAAAACUGUCACUGAAAUAUUUUCUGAAGCUGGAUUUUCUGACAUCACCAAGAAUUUCUUAGCUGUCUUGGCUGGUAAUGGAAGGCUUGCACACAUAGAUCGUAUUUCUAAGAGAUUUGUUGAGUUGACUAUGGCACAAAGGGGAGAAGUUAAAGUCAUUGUUACAACAGUGAUCCCACUUCCUGCGGAAGAAGAGAAGGAGCUUAAGUUGACUAUGCAAGAUAUUCUUGGGCAUGGAAAAACUGCCAAGCUCGAGCAGAAGAUCGAUCCCAGCAUUCUUGGAGGAUUGGUGGUCGAGUUCGGAAACAAGGUCUUUGACAUGUCGAUAAAGACCAGGGCCAAGCAGAUGGAAAAACUCUUGAGGGAGCCUAUUAAUUUUGACAACCUCUAGGCCCUCUCCGACGUCCCUCGACCUGCUGUUAUUCAAUGGUGGUUGACCUGAAAUAAAUUUGUGGAGAAGUGAACCCUAACAUCCAUCGACAUGUCUAGCUUGGGGUAAACCCUAACGACAACAACGAGCAUAGCAGGAUUAUAUGCCUGUGUUGGUACUCUUCAAUUCAUUUUUCACCAAUAAAAUUAAAUUUAUUA